CCCCGCCUGAGGCUGCGAUCCCACACUCCCGACUGGAACACGGAGGGGGGCACGCCCAGGUAAACACCCCCCUAAAGAUGGUGACUCAUUCCUGAGAAGCAGAGCCACUUCCUACAGGUCAAGGCCUUCUCCAAGGAGAAUAUGAAAGUGUUACUCAGACUUGCUUGCUUCAUAAUUCCACUGCUUUCUUUGGAGGCUGAACGUGAAUGUAAAGAACGUGAAGAAUAUGUAAUUUUCCUCGCAUCUGCAAAUGAAAUAGAUGUUCGUGCCUGUCCUCUUAACCCUAAUGAAAACAAGGGCACCAUAACUUGGUAUAAAAACGAUAGCGUGACACCCAUAUCUACAUCACAAGAUGCCAGGAUUCAUCAGCAGAAUGAUAAACUUUGGUUCGUUCCUGCGAAGGUAGAGGACUCAGGACAUUACUAUUGUGUAGUAAGAAAUUCAACUUACUGCCUCAAAAUUAAAAUAACUACCAGUAUUUUGGAGAAUGAGCCCAACUUGUGCUAUAAUUCACGAGCUGUAUUUACACAGAAACUGCACCUUGCAGGAGACGGGAAACUUGUGUGUCCUCAUUUGGAUUUUUUUAAAGAUGAAAAUGAAAAGUUACCUACAGUCCAGUGGUAUAAGGAUUGUGAACCUCUGCUUCUCGACGAUAAGCUAUUCUCUGGAGCCAAAAAUCAACUCAUUGUGAGGAAUAUCUCUGAGAAACAUAGAGGGAAUUAUACGUGUCUCAUAUCCUACACAUACUUGGGAAAGCAAUACAAUAUUACCCGAGUAAUUGAAUUUUUUACUUUAGAGGAAAUCAAGACCCAUAGACCUGUGAUUGUGAGUCCAGCGAAUGAGACCAAGGAAGUGGACCUGGGAUCCCAGAUACAGUUGAUCUGUAAUGCCACUGGAAAACUCAGUGACAUAGUCAGCUGGAAGUGGAACGGGUCAGAAAUCCUUGUCAUUGAUGACCCAGUGCUGGAGGAGGACUACAUGUUUGUGGAAAAUCCUUCAGACAAAAUAAGGAACACACUCAUCACAACACUUAAUAUCUCAGAGGUCAGAAGUCAAUUUUAUUUAUACCCAUUCAUCUGCGUGGCCAGGAACACAGACAAGAUCAGUGAAGCUUAUGUCCAAUUCAUACACCCAGUUCCUGAUUUCAAGAAUCACAUAAUUGGAACAUUUGUCCCAUUAACAGUUAUGAUUGUGUGCUCAGUAUUCAUCUAUAAAAUCUUCAAGGUCGACAUUGUGCUUUGGUACAGAGAUUCUUGCUCCCAUUUUCUCUAUACAAAAGCUUCAGAUGGGAAGACCUAUGAUGCAUAUAUACUCUACCCAAAGACUUUCAUGGAAGGCUCCACCUCCAACUCAGAUAUUUUUGUGUUCAAAGUCUUGCCCGAGGUCUUGGAAAACCAGUUUGGAUAUAAGCUGUUCAUUUAUGGAAGAGAUGACUACGUUGGAGAAGAUACUAUUGAGGUCACUAACGAAAACAUAAAGAAGAGCAGAAGACUGAUUAUUGUGUUAGUGAGGGAUGUGUCAGGCUUCAGCUGGCUGAGCCAUUCCACAGAGGAGCAACUAGUGAUGUACAACGCACUCAUUCAAGAUGGAAUCAAAAUUGUCCUGCUGGAGCUGGAGAAAAUUGAAGACUAUGAGAAAAUGCCAGAAUCCAUUAAAUUUAUUAAGCAGAAACAUGGGGUCAUCCGCUGGUCAGGGGACUUGAGAGAGGGACCACAGUCCUCAAAGACUAGGUUUUGGAAAAAGGUCAGGUACUACAUGCCUGCUCAGCAGCGCUUGCCUUCAUCCAAACACCAGUUGUUGUCCCUGACCUCGAGGACAGGCACUAUGGAGAACUUGCACAGGGAGCUUCAAUUGCCUCUUGGGUAGCGUGGAGAAGCCGGGUGUUCCUGUUGCAUGCACUGCAGGCUGGGCUGUUGCCUCCUGCUGACUUGUAUAGUCAUGAAACGUACCUGUGUGGUCCCUUGUCCCCAAAGUAAACUGGAAUCAGACAGCGAAGGGAACAGGACUUAGUGACAAGAGCAGGCCCAAGCAGUUUAGAGCAGAGGGUUGGGAUGACCUUCAUGUACGACGACAAAAGGCUCCCUGACUGUUGGAGCAGCUAAGAAAGGUCACUCGGACAGGGAGGAGAAGACCAAGACAUGGCCACCAGGUAGAGAUGGUUUUACGCAUUUGUUCAGAGCACCGAGGCUGAGCUGUGGCCAUUGCAGGGCCAGUGACCCGGGUGAGGCUCUUCUGGGCAGCACUGUAGGUACUGUAGACUGACAUAGAGGAAGGACAUGUUUCUUAUUGGCUUGAGUUUGUCAGAUGCAUCCUCUACCAGCAAUCAGAUUCCCAAGACCAAAUUUUAUUGGCAGACUUUGAACACUGUCAUUUCAUCGGGGACUGAGAUUCUCCAGGAAUCCAAGGUGGCCAAAUCCCUUUAUCUUUCUGCAGAGCGGAAUUUCAAAAGCAGCAGUAGCAGGAAUUAAGCCACCUCUUCCCCCUCUUCGUGUUUUCUGCGGAAUGCCCAUCCUGUUCUUCUUUGUUCUGCAUUGUACUUGACUCCUUUGCUUCUUUGGGGAGACUGCUUUGCAAUGCCCUCCUUCCUCUCCUCUAGCAUGAGCACACUUUGAAGUUUCAAAUGCUGCUCUCCUCACAUCCUGGAAAACCUCAGAGGGUCUCCUCCUGCUCAAGAGCUAAAGCCAGUGUUCUCCGCCAGGGUGUCACUACUCCAGCCCUCCCAACAUGUCCUCCCAACCUUCCCUCUGCCAUCCUGUGGUGUGAGUCCCAGGUCUGUCCCCGGGACUCCAUCUUGGCUGUAUCUCCUUGCAUCUAUCCCCUGACCUGAAUUUCUUCUUGCGUUCUCUCCAGCUGAAAUCCAAGUUGAUAUCAGUGCUGAAGUUCCCAGGGUCCUUUCCCUAAGAGAUUCCAUUCUAAAGCCCCAAAUCCCUCCCUGCCAGUCUGUGGGUGCUGCCUCUAGGUUAGCACUUUCGGAAAUAGCUCCUUCUCUGGCCGGAGUCUGUGCUGUCUGAGGGAGAGGUGACAGGUGACUGCCCUUUCCUGCCUGCCAAAAACGAUGUGCACAUGUGUUAAAGGUUGUGUACUGCUUUGUUAUUUAAACAUGUUCCCAGAUCAUUGCAUUUAAUUUGUUGUAAUAAGGCUAAUUCUAGAUGUAGAGAAAAUUCCUUUUUAAAAAAAAAUUACCCCAUUAAUUCCAGUUGAUCUAGUACAUGAACUUGUGUUUUCUGGCCACUAGUCCAAUGCUAAAAGUACUUGAUUUUAGGUCAGUAACGGUCCCUUUACCACCUACUUGAUACACAUGUGAGAAGAAAUGAUAGAUUUUUUUAUUUUCAAGGUGGCAACUGAACCCACUUUUUAUGUAAGAAACAAAUCUGACACUUUUCAGUGUUGGAAUAUAUAAACAAUAUGUUUGGAUUUUAUACAAACAUGUUUUAACUUGCAUAUAUUCUUUCUAUAAAAGUCAAUACUUCUUAUUCAAUUAAAAGUGACAGAAAAAGAUUUUGGGGGUCUAGAAAAGGCAUUUUCUCCAAUUUGAUGACAACCUUCAGGAUCAUUAGAAUAAAUCUUGAAAUUUGCAAGGCUGGGUUCAUAGGCUAUUUAUUGAAGACCGAGGACAGUUCUAAAAGUUGUCUGAACAUGGAUUGUUUGCUUUUCAUAUUUUGAGUAUCUAACAGUAGGGGUGCACACAAACCCUUCUUUGGAAGGGCAUUUCCCCAUUAAAAUGUUCAGAGCUGAACAAGCACAUCGUCGAAGGUUUUUGGCCACCCUUUUUGUUCCUGCUUUCUCCUGACUCCUGUCUGAAUACGUUGGCAAGCACAAUGUCCAGAAAGCAAGCUUAGAAAGAGUGGCAACAUGGGCUACAAAGAAAGUGGGGGUAAGGACAAAGAGAAUUCCACGUAGUGAGUCACCUGGAGUUUAGGGAACAAAAGAAAAGGGGAGAACCUUAACUUGGCAGAAAUCCCAGACAGGAAAGUGCAGAAAGGCUCCCUAUCUAGCAGGGAAUGCAUCCAGAAAGGAAGCUAAGUUCCCGGCCACUCCUUCAACUUCCUUAGACUGACCAUCCCAGCCCCCAAAGCUCUUUCUUCUAUAAGAUCCCAUUCACAGAUGUCACUGCCAUUUAAGACAGUAUUUAUUUUUUUAAUAAAGAGUCGACCUAAGUGUUGAGGAUUUGAAAAUACAGUCAAGUAUUUAAUUAUCAGUGGAUAAAACUGGCUUAACCGGAUUUUGUAUUUUCUCUCUCCUGCUUUCCUGCUGAAAAUACUUACUUUCAAUGGAAGAGAAAGUAUUGAGCCACUUUAAAUGACACUUUUAAUAACAUAUUUGUCCUGGUUAAUGAUGAAGGUUCUUUUUUUUAAAAACUAAGACUUAAUUGUAUAAUUCUGUGGCAAAUGCCAGAUAUUUUUAUAUUGUAAAUCAUCAAAUUUGUGUACAGCGUGUCAUUGAUCAAUUGGCUGUACUUGUUUUCCAAUAAAACUGUUAAAGCU